CCAUGGCAAUAAACGGGGCUCCGGGUCCAUGGGGCUGCUCUCAGACCCGCAGUGCCGGCGGGCGCUGGCCCGGCUGCUGCUGAGCCUCAACACCCCCCUCUGCAUCCUGAGUUACCUGUCGGGGCUCACGUGGUUCCUGCUCCUCCCAGCCCUGGCCCCCCGCACGUACCUGUCUGAGAACGCCAUGGGCUCCACCAUGGUGGGCGAGGGCUCCGACCUGGGGGCCCGAGCACUGGCGCUGGCCCGGGAAUUCGGGGGGCACAAGAGGAAAGCGGGGGGAAUGCCCGUGGGGUGGCUGGAGCAGACCAUGUUCCAGCUGGGGCUCGAGGUCCAUCGCCAGCCCUUCAGCCGCACGCUGCCCUUCCCCGACGAGGCCCACGAGCGCUACCUGGUCCGUGGCACCAACGUUUUCGGGGUGCUCCGAGCCCCCCGCGCUGCCAGCACGGAGGCGCUGCUGCUGCUCGUGCCCUGCUCCGAGGGCAGCAAGAACAACCAGGCCGUGGGGCUGCUGCUGGCCCUGGCGGGCUUCUGCCGAGGCCAGGUGUACUGGGCCAAGGAUCUCAUCUUCCUGGUGACUGAGCAUGACCUGGUGGGGACACAGGCCUGGCUGGAGGCCUACCACGAUGUCAACCUUACUGACAUCCACUCGGGGGGGGUCCCAGGCCGGGCAGGGGCCAUCCAGGCCGCUCUGGCCCUGGAGCUCAGCUCGGACGUGGUGACCAGCGUGGACGUGGCCGUGGAGGGGCUGAACGGGCAACUGCCCAACCUGGACCUGCUCAACCUCUUCCACUCCUUCUGCCUCAAGAGCGGCCUGCUCUGCACCUUCCAGGGCAAGCUGCCCCCCCCGGAGGGUCCCUCAGGUCCAGGCUAUGCCCAGAGCCUGCGCACGCUGGGGCUGAUGGUGCUGGGCCAGGCCGGGGGCGGGCCCGGGGGGGCUCACGGGCUCUUCCUGCGCUUCCGCAUCGAGGCCCUGACCCUGCGGGGCAUCAACAGCUUCAGGCAGCACAAGUUCGACCUGGGGGUCCUGGGCAGGACCCUUGAGGGAAUGUUCCGGAAGCUGAACAACCUCCUGGAGCGGCUGCACCAAUCCUAUUUCCUGUACCUGCUGCCCUCCCUGUCCCGCUUCGUCUCCAUCGGCUCCUACGUGCCCGCCCUGGCCCUGCUGCUGCUGGUGCUGGCCCUGCGCGCCCUGGACCUGUGGAUGCGGCUGAGCCGGAGCGAGGAGGGGGAGGGGGACCCCCCCCCAGGGGAGGCGCGGGGGGGUCUCCUGUGGCUGGUGCCCCCCAUCCUGGUGUCCUGGGGGGCUGGCACUGCCCUGUACCUGCUGCCCGUGCGGGGCCAGGCCGUGGCCACCCAGCACUUCCCGGUGGGCGAGGCCGAGGCCGUGGUGCUGGCACUGAUUGGCAUCUACGUGGCAGGGAUGGCACUGCCCCACAGCACCCACAGGGCCCUGUCCGGGGGUGGCCAGCGUGGCUGGAUGUCCCUCAAGCUGGUGGCCCUGCUGGCCCUGGCCCUGCUCCUCUCCUGCCUGGCCCUGCUCAACUUCUCCCUGGGCUUCCUGCUGGGCGCCACCCUGGUGCCACCUGCGGCCGCCGUCAGACCUGGGGGCAACAGGCUGCCCCUGGCCAUCCUGCUGGUUCUCAGCACUCCGGGCCUGUCGCUGUUCCUGGCCGUGCUGCUGGAGCGGGAGCUGCUGGAGGCGCCGGCGGGGCUGGGCGAGGCCUGGCAGCGCUUCCUGGGGGCGCUGGGCCAGGGGCUGCUGCAGGAGCACCUGCACGGGGCCCACCUGAGCCCCCUGCUCUGCCUGGGGGCCUACCCCUGCUGGCUGCUGCUCUGGAACGUGCUCUGGUGGAAAUGAGGGACAGACGGACACAGGGAUGGACACACGGACAGACCCACAGACAGACAGACCCACCUGAGCCCCCUGCUCUGCCUGGGGGCUUAUCCAUGCUGGCUGCUGCUCUGGAACGUGCUCUGGUGGAAAUGAGGGACACACAGACACAGGGAUGGACACACGGACAGACCCACAGACAGACAGACCCACCUGAGCCCCCUGCUCUGCCUGGGGGCCCAUCCCUGCUGGCUGCUGCUCUGGAACGUGCUCUGGUGGAAAUGACCGACACACGGACACACGGACACACGGACAGACCCACAGACACGGCAUGGAUACACAGCCCCCCAUCACCCCCUGCAUGGGGCCCACCUGAGCCCCCUGCUCUGCCUGGGCGCCUAUCCCUGCUGGCUGCUGCUCUGGAACGUGCUCUGGUGGAAAUGAGGGACACACAGACACAGGGAUGGACACACGGACAGACCCACAGACAGACAGACCCACCUGAGCCCCCUGCUCUGCCUGGGGGCCCAUCCCUGCUGGCUGCUGCUCUGGAACGUGCUCUGGUGGAAAUGACCGACACACGGACACACGGACACACGGACACACGGACAGACCCGCCUGAGCCCCCUGCUCUGCCUGGGCGCCUACCCAUGCUGGCUGCUGCUCUGGAACGUGCUCUGGUGGAAAUGACCGACACACGGACACAGGGAUGGACACACGGACACACGGACACAGAGAUGGACACAUGGACAUGGGGAUGGGCACACGGACAUGGGGAUGGACACACAGACACAGGCAUGGACACACAGACACAGGCAUGGACACACGGACAGAUUUCCAGCAGGGACAGUCCCACAGAGGGACCCCUGUGACAGUGAGAGCCCCGGAUGGACAGACGGACAGAGCCCCAGACAGACAGACAGACAGAGCCCUGGAAGGACCCACGGACACACAGACAGACCCCCAGACCCAUGGACAGACCCCCCAGACAGAGACACCGACAGAGUCACAGCCAGACCCCAGUGUGCCCCCAGAGCCACGGCCAGAGCCCCAGAUGGACACACGGACACAUGGACAGACACACAGACAGACACACAGCCUGACCCCCAAAGGGACCCACAGACGGAGCCCCAGAUGGACACACGGACAGAUGCCCAGACAGACCGCCCAGGUGUGACCCUGCUGUGACCCCGCCCACCGGGACGACCCCCGCAAUGGGGGCCUAAAGGGGCGUGGCUCUGUCGGGGCGCGGUUUGAUGUUGGGUGUGGCUUCUGUGGAGGGCGUGGUUUUAUGAAUGGGCGUGUCUGAUGCGGAGAGGUGUGGUUUGUUAAUGGGCGUGGCUUUUGUUAAUGGGCGGGUCUUAUACGGAAGACGUGUUUUGUUAAUGGGCGUGGCUUAUGUGCAAGGGGUGUGGUUUGUCAACAGGCGUGGCUUGUUAAUGGGCGUGGCUUUUGUGCAGGGUGGUGGUCUGUUAAUGGGCGUGGCUUAUGUGCAGGGGUGUGAUCCGUUAAGGGGCGCGGCUUUGUUAAUGGGCGUGCCUUACAUAGUUUGUUAAUGGGCUCAGCUUUUGUUAAUUGGCGUGUCUCUGCAUGGAGGCGUGGUUUCUUAAGGGGCGUGGCUUUUGCAGGGCCGUGGUUUUGUUAUCAGGCGUGGGUUUUGUUCGGGGGCGUGUUCGGUUUUCCGAGUGGGCGUGGUCUAUCCCCGUGCUCCUCCCCCUCCCUCCGCCAGGGGGCGCCGCAAUAAAAACCGUUACCGUGUCA